AUGGAAGAUAACAAAAACCCACCAAUUAAAGAAGAUAAAGAAGAAACGCAAGAGGAAUCACAAACAAGCAGUGGAUGGGGAGGGUGGGGUUUCUCCGCUUUCUCCGUUUUAUCAGAUCUUCAAAAGAAAGCUGAAGAGAUCUCUCGCAAUGCAAAAUGUAAGAAGGAAAGGUUGCCGUAUUCGAUAAAACCUUACUUGGAUGCAGCCACCAAGGUGCAGGCUGCUGUUGUUGCAGAACAGGCAGCAAAGAGCAUUGCAGAUUUGAAUGUUGCUGAGGACUCAGAAUCUUCAAAAGGGGAGCCAGAGGAAGAAGAAUCUGCAAGUGAUAAGGAAACUGAAGAUGAGAAGCUUCGGAAAUCUGCUUUGGAUAAAUUAGAGAAAGCAAUUCCACUGGACACAGUUAUGGGUGUAGGUUUGAAGGUUCUUGAUGACUCUGUGGAGAAUUUGGCUUCAGGAGCAUGGCAGGCAUUUGGAAGUGCAUGGAAAGGGGGCUCUGAUCUAGUUCAGAAGCUUGAGAAUUCUGCUGUGAACCUUGCGGAUUCAAUUCAGCAUGGUAACUUACCAGUAGCAGCUGGUUCAGUUGCACCAUCCUUACUUGAGAGUGGAAAAGCUUUUACAGCAAAGGGAAUGCAAGUACUUGAAUAUGUAGGCAAGGAAACCAUGGAUCUUCUGAUCACAGAGACUGGUAUCGAAGUUGAGAAAAACUCUAAGAACUCUGGAAAAGGAACUAAUGAGGAUCAUUUACUUGAGGAGGUGACAUUUGAUCGGUGUUUCUAUAUAUACGGAGGUCCAGAACAGUUGGAGGAGUUGGAGGCAUUGUCCAACCAUUAUGCCCUGUUAUUUAACCGCAGAAAGGCUAAACUGUCAUCAGAAGAGAAGUCUGCAUAUGAUGGAAAGCUUAAACUGGUUCAGCAAAUUUUUAGUUUGAGUACUGAAAUGGAUGGGAAUGCUGCAGAGUUUGACAAAGGAAAGAAAAUAGAGACUGGAAGUGAAGGAAGUAGUGAUGAGAUGAAAAAUUUACAUGAUUCAAGUGUCAGCAAAGCUGCAGACAUGGCUGCAGGGUUCACAAAUGCUUUAGCAGGACAAACUUUGAAUGACAUUAUUCAAAGGACCGCUGGAAGACUAGAAACUCUUCACUCAGAGGGGGUCCAUAGACUCUCUGAAAUGUGCUGUUCAGCAGUGUCUCAGCUUCUGAUACUUGGUAAAUCUGUCAUAUCCAAUGCUAACAAAGUUCAGGAAGAAGAUGCUGAUGAGGAUAUGAACAUUGACUGGCCUGAAGAUUCUGUUGAAAAAGCUAAGGUAAUACGAACGAAGGCGCAGUCAAUGACAGGAUAUGUGGAAGCAGUUUCCAACAGCUUUAUCACAGGCAUCUCUGACGUAGCAGAAGCUUAUGCUGCAGCUGUAAAGGGUGCUGCUGCAGAUUCCCACGAAGACCUCCCGCAAACAUCGAUUCAAGAUAAAGCCAAUGCCUUCUCUGAACUUCUCCACACUGACCGGACCACUGCAGUGAGCAAACUUCAGGAUGGGCUCCAAUACUUGUCAUAUGUAGUCAUUUCCACAUCUAUGCCUGCUGCUUGA